AGAAGUUGAGAAAAAAAACAAAAACGUAAUGGGCGGUGCCAUGAACAGUUUCAAACUUCACUGUAGUCCGACACACAACAGGACUUGCUUUAAGGUAAAUCUGUUUGUAAAUGGAACACGAAGACACACCGAAACAAACAGAGCAGUCAGUUGAAGAAUAUCGCACUGAAGGAGCUGAACCUCAUCUUUUAUCCUGGUAAAACGGGGUGUGAGGCUUCAGGAUGGACCAGGUACUUCCCAAGAAAGUUUCUGACUCGGAUCUGCUGGAACCAGAAAGUGAGGAACUCCAGCUUAGAGUGGACUUCUUCCGAAAACUGGGGUACUCCACAGCAGAGGUGAAAGCUGCUUUGAGAAAGCUGGGCCUAAGCACUGACACCAAUGCAGUGCUCGGGGAGCUUGUGAGGAACAGAACCACCAGCACAUCUCCCUGUGUUUCCGACAGUGAUGAGAGGAGCACAGAUCUGAAAGAUCCACUGCUGCCCCCCAGCUGGGACAUUGGGUCCUACAGAAUUGCACCACAACCUGGAGACCAAAACACUGUAGACUCGGAGCUGAGGCCUAUUGUUAUUGACGGCAGCAAUGUUGCCAUGAGUCACGGCAACAAGGAAGUGUUUUCGUGCCGGGGCAUAGAGUUGGCAGUGAAUUUCUUCCUGGACAGAGGCCAUAAUAAUAUUACUGUGUUUGUUCCCUCUUGGCGCAAGGAGUUGCCCCGAGCUGAUGCCCCUAUAACAGAUCAACACAUUCUGUCAAAGCUUGAAAAACAGAAAAUAUUGGUCUUCACACCAUCACGUCGCGUUGGUGGCAAGCGAGUCGUUUGUUAUGAUGACCGCUUCAUUGUCAAACUGGCAUAUGAGUCAGAUGGAGCAAUUGUGUCCAACGACACCUACCGAGAUCUUCAAGGAGAAAGGCCUGAGUGGAAAAAAUGCAUUGAGGAGAGGCUCCUCAUGUACUCAUUUGUUAAUGACAAGUUCAUGCCUCCAGAUGAUCCUUUGGGUCGACAUGGACCUAACCUUGACAACUUUCUUAGGAAAACACCCCUGCCUAUGGAGCAGAAGAAACUACCUUGUCCUUAUGAUAAAAAGUGCACUUAUGGCAUCAAGUGUAAGUAUUACCAUCCUGAGCGGGCAAACCACUCCUAUCUGUCUCUGGCUGAUGAAUUGAGAGAGAAAGCACACAUUUCCACUGUAAAAGAGGGGAGAAAGGCAAGAUCAUCAGUCAACUAUCCUCAGUCUGAACCUGAGCCUUCCCAUCCUCGACACACACAUCUCCCGUGGGAUCAGCACAGUUCUUCAUUUCCUGGUCACAUUAGUGAAAAUGAGCUACUGCACUGGAAAGACUUUAGAAAAAGCCCCAACCAAAUGCCGUGUUCAGUAAAUGGAGGAAACUGUCCAAAAGAAUAUCCUGGGCUGCACUUUAUGUCAAAUCUUUAUUAUCCCAACAUGUCUCUGGAAUAUUUGGAUUCUGGUUUUGGCUCUGCUGAGAGCCACUACUCUGACAUGUCACCACCCCUCAGCAGCACCUACAGACUUGGGCCUCAGCAUCAGAGUGCCCAUGACAGACCCCAACCUGCCUCAGUUCAUGUGGAGAAAAAUAAUACCAGUCAUUGUGGCAAAUGCUGUUCCUAUCCUCUUCAGCAACAUCACAGCAACAUUCACUGCAGCAGUCAACCCAUCUACAACACUUACCUUCCAAAUAUGCUCCCACACAGUGUACAUCAGCAACAAAGCCUGCCCGCCCAUUUUAAUGACACUGCGGCCCCCCAUCUUCAUCAUAAAUACUGGUCAGAUCCCUUUCAGGGUGCACCCCAAGCCAGAACGUCAUGCCCUGCACCCUCUUUGGUCUGUCCUUCACACUGUAACAACUCCUGCUGCUCCUAUAAGAACCAUCAGUACAAAGCCUGGGGGCAACAUCAACAACCACCACCACCUUCUGCUGCAUUCAAUCAACAGAGGUCAGAAAUGCGCAAGAAACUGCAAGCCAUCUUCAACCCACACCAAGUGGAUAUGGUCAUGGAGAUGUUCCCGUACCUGAUGGAUGCUGAAAAACUAGCUGCAGAAAUAUUAAACAUGAAAGCUCAAGGGAUCUGAUUCAUGUUCUCUUCAACAUGAAAUAUCAAAAUAUUUUACAUAAUUUAAGUUAGAGCUGAAACAAUUUAUCAAGUUAUUAGCAAGGUCGACAACAAAACCUGUUGACCUGAGUUUUCAAUGUCAUGCCAUAUAGAACCAUGUUAGUUUUCUUUUUAUAAUCGCAGUAUACUACAGGUGUGUCAGUUCUUGCCAAUAACAUACAUUGAACCCAUCAUAGGGAAGUGUGUAUAGACAGAACACAAUAAUUGACUUCAGCCAUGGAUAUUUUUAUUUUUUUUUUUUUUUUUGAGAAUCAGUGUUUCUAUGAAAAAAGAAAAAUGAGAAAAAUAGCUGGUUGCUGUGGAAUAAUGGACACCAGCCAGACACCUUCAUUGUGGGUUGCUAUAAUUAAAGACCUCUAUAGCUGAUGCCCUUUACCCAUCAGGUUUAGUCAGUUACAUUAACUUACCACAUUCACAUCUACUGAAUGUUAUUUUAAGAUUGUACAGUUUAAGUCCAAACAACCUAAAGUGUAUGGAGAACUAGUAACUGUGUAAGGAAGACAACACUAGUGUUGCCAUCUGAUUCAGUGUUUGUUCAGUUAUAUUUCAAAAUUUAAAAUACAGAGAUAAAACCUGGAUGGAUUAAUUCUACACUAAAUAGAUAGUCUUUAAAACAGUGAAUGGCAUGUGAAACCUUUUAUUAUGUAGUAUUUCUAUUUUUAUAAUCUUUACUUUUUUUUAUUUAUGCAUGAGGUUUACAUGCCAAAAUACACUGAAAUCACCUUUUUGUUUUUUUCUCAGAGUAUCAGUUCCACAAGCCACAAACAUCUGUAAUUGGUAAUUAAUAAAUAUAGGUUUGAAUCAUCUUCAGUAUUUUAGAUUUUGGAUUUGAGCUGAUCAAGGAGGAAAUGAAAAUAUUUCCAAAUUUAGAUUUUAAUUUACUAUGAAUACUUACAGUAUAUGAUUAUGUAAAACCCUGCACUCAUGCACUGGUACUGGGAACAGAGUGUUGCCCUCGGAAAGCAGAGAUGGAUUAAAUUAAUUGUUAACUAAAAUUGAAAUACCAUUGAUAGAUUUAUCAACAACCAACAUAAUAAUUAGUUGCAUCCUUGUGUCGGUUAAUGAUCAGAAAAUGUAUUUGUAAGGGAAUUAAUUUAGAAUACAUUAUAACAAUGUUCUUAUGUUAUAUUAUGGCAGUGAAAUAUGUCCCGAUAUUUGUGAAAUGUUAAUUGCUGACUUAUGUGUAUGACGGUGUAGUCAAAUAUAACCUUGCCAUCCAUAUUUUGGAUGAAAUGUGCCUCUAGACCAAAGAUGACAGAGUUUCAGGAGUUUGGACUGUUGAUACAUAUUGUGUCAAAUAUUAUUUUAAGUUCUCAUGCUGCACAAAAUGUUUUUUCUUUUCUUUUGCUUUCACUUUAGUCUUCUGUAACGCUCUGCUCAUUCAGUAUUAUCUUUGAUCAGGCUACAGUUCUAAUCUCACAAAGAAACUGAACAGAAGAAACUCAUAACAACACUUUAUCCAAAUUAAAGGAAUUUACCAUGUGUUCCUGCUCCCUUUCCUGUAAAUAUGCAUCAUUUCCUUAAAACAUGUAAAGGGAAAAAUGUAAGUUAUGUAUGUAUUUAAGUGACUGUUUAAAUGAAAAUGGAAAUAAAAUUUAAAAAUGA